AUGGCACCUUCACUAUCUCUUUCUAACAUUAGAUCCUCGAAAGGCUUUAUAGUCGCUACGAUAUGUAUUGCAACCUUCACUGACGGUUUUAUUUAUGGAGUCGUCGCUCCCGUAAUUCCUUUCAUCCUACGAGAUCAAGUCCUCGUUCCAAAAGAUCAACUUCAAAUGUCAACUUCCAUCCUCAUCGCAACCUUUGCGCUAGCAGAUUUCUUUGGAGCGCCAUUAUGCGCCUGGUAUGUCGACCGCUAUAGAAGCAGGCGAGUUCCUUGGUAUGCCGGCAUCGUCCUGAUAAGCACGGGGACCAUCUUCUUCGGAUUUGCGAACCACUUCUGGAUGCUAGUAGUCAGUCGCAUAUUGCAAGGUUUCUCCUCUUCCAUCCUCUACACUGUCGGACUGGCCGUUCUCGUGGAUACCGUGGACCAUGAUCAAGUGGGACAAUGGAUGGGUACGGCCAUGUCAGCCAACAAUAUUGGCAUGAUAAUCAGCCCUUUGCUGGGAGGUAUCAUAUACGACAAAUCUGGGAAGAUGUGGGUGUUUGCUAUUAUGGUGGCUCUUGAUGCUGUCGAUGUCGUGUUACGCCUUUUGAUGAACGAACAGAGGAGUAAUUCUAGGAUGAGAAAUGCAUCACCGAAGCGGUCGCACGAUUUACCACGAGGGGAGGUACAAGAGAAAGAGAAGGUGGAACCUAAAGGCCAUUACUUGGAUGUCGCCCGCCCCCGGACCGCAGUCAGCGCAUUGUUCGAACAGUACCUCUCACUCCAACUUUCCCUUCACAGCAACCUAUCCCAGGUUCCUAUCAUUUCGUCCGACACUCCCGUUUCGUCGGCCUCGGAUCCAGCUCAGACUACUCCAAUGCGAUCCCGGCGCCUACCUGGAAUCAUCUCCCUCCUCAACUCUCCACGUCUCCUUGCUGCACUCUAUGGUUGCUUCAUCAACGAAUGCAUAGUGUCAUCCCUAUGCGCCGUCCUACCACUAUUCGUCAAUAAGACAUUCAACUGGACGUCCCUCCAAGCUGGCCUCCUCUUUCUCACGAUCGCGAUUCCUGCAUUUGCAGGCCCGCUUGCUGGAGCAAUGGCGGACAGACUCGGCGCACGCUGGGUUGCCGUUGCCGGAUUCCUUCUCACCGCGCCACCCCUUAUCCUUUUGAGGCUCGUAGAUCAUAAUUCUAAGGAGCAAAUAAUCCUGCUAUGCGGACUACUUACGCUUGCUGGCUGUACCAUCAUUCUCUUUCUAUCACCCCUCGGUGCGGAGUGCACGUUCGUUGCGGAGGAGCUGUCAAAAGACCAAGAAACGGAUCUUUACGCGAGCUCGUUUUCUCUCAUGAACUGCUCGCUAGCUGCUGCGGCACUGCUGGGCCCUCUUGCCUGUGGCGGUUUGCAGCAGAGGUUUGGUUGGAAAGCGACAACCAUUGCUUUGGGCACGCUGUGUGCGUCUGGUGCAGUCCCUUGUGCGCUUGUCACUGGCAACGGACGAGCUGUAAAUGAUGAUCACGAGAAUGAGGUCUGA